UUCAAGUACUUUAUAGUUCGUCGAUAUUCGUCAAUUCUAACUCUCCGGAAAUCUAGGUCUAUGCAUGAACCUGUUUAAAUGACAUGAUCCGGCGAUGAACCAGUUCUGGCAUGGUAGAGAUGUGUGUCAUUAAACUGGUGAAUGGUGACCGAUCAUGGCCCGGUUGAUUUCAAGGAGAAAACUGGUUUACUACACCAUUGUGGUGACUUCCUUCUGCUGGGUCCUUGGAACUGUGUCAUUUUUUCUCUUUCAGUCGUUGGAAGUUAACAUCGACAUGAAGAGACGUAUGUCCGAUAGUCACCCUUCCUCGCAAAGGCCGAAAUGGAAUGUUCAACAUGACCAACUUGUCAAGGAAGCAGACCAGAGAGAGGGUAAACAGUACAUUCCGAACGAGAAAAAGAAAGCCCGCAUUAACCUUACGUAUCAAAAAAUCUCCAACAAAGGUAUUAGUGCUUCAAAAAGAUCGCAAAAGAAACUUGAACAAAUGACGGCCAAUUACGAGAGGUAUCCGUCGGGGGUUAGACUAAAAGGACCGGGCGCUAGGGGAGAGGGGGUUUCCGUACCGGAGUCCCGCAAGGACGACGAAGAGGAAGGAUUUGAACAACAUUCAUUUAACCGUGUGGCCAGUGAUAUGAUUUCUGUGCAUCGAACACUUCAGGACCACAGAAAUAGCAGGUGUAAAAUAAAGAAAUAUCCUCAGGAUCUGCCCACAAGCUCUGUAAUUAUAUGCUUUCACAAUGAAGCUUGGUCCACUCUUCUAAGGACAGUACACAGUGUCAUCAAUAGGACUCCUCCUCAGCUACUAAAGGAAAUCAUUCUUGUAGAUGAUGCCAGUGACAGAGAUGAGCUAAGGACAAAGCUUGAAGACUAUGUUACCAAGUUAAAAGUUGUUAGAAUUAUCCGUCUUUCCAAAAGAGAGGGUUUAAUUCGGGCAAGGCUUACUGGAGCAGAACAUGCCAAGGGACAAGUUCUGACAUUUUUGGAUGCCCAUUGUGAAUGUUCUAAGGGUUGGCUGGUGCCUCUUCUUGCAAAAAUUGCUGAAAAUCGUUCAAAUGUAGUAAUGCCAGUUAUAGAUGAAAUAAGUGACCAGAACUUUUAUUACCAUGCUGUGCCAGAGCCAUUUCAUAGGGGAAUUUUUCGUUGGCGAUUAGAGUUUGGCUGGAAGCCUGUUCCUCAGUAUGAGAUGGAAAGACGUAAAGAUGAAACUGAGGGUAUAAGGACCCCAGUGAUGGCAGGAGGCUUGUUCUCCAUUGACAAAAGUUAUUUUAAUGAGAUAGGAACUUAUGACACAGGAAUGGACAUUUGGGGUGGAGAAAACCUGGAAAUUUCAUUUAGGGUGUGGAUGUGUGGAGGUGCCAUUGAAAUGCUCCCCUGUUCACGUGUUGGUCACGUGUUCAGACCACGUUUUCCAUAUUCAUUUCCUGCCCGUCCAGGUGGUGACCUCGAUGUUGUAAGUCGUAAUCUUAUGAGAGUGGCAGAUGUGUGGAUGGAUGAAUACAGCAAACAUUUCUACAACAUUCGGUUUGAUUUAAAGAGGAAAAAGCAUGAUGAUGUCAGUGAAAGACUUGCUCUGAGAAAGAAGUUACAGUGCAAAAGUUUUAAGUGGUAUUUGGAGAAUAUUAUUCCUGAGUUAGAGGUGCCAGAUACAAACUUCGUGGCAGCUGGACAGGUUCGGAAUCCUUCGAGUGACAAGUGUCUAGACACGUUGGGGAAGAAAGACGAUGCACCUCUGGGGCUCUAUGAGUGUCAUGGUCAGGGUGGAAACCAAUACUUUGUGUUAACAAGCAAGGGAGAGCUAAAAUCAGAAGAUAAUUGUUUGGACUACAAUGGAUAUGAUCUGUACUUGAGGGAAUGUGACGGACUGCAGCAGAACCAGAAGUGGGAAUAUAAGAAAACAGCGCUCUACCAACCACGCCAUGAUGUAUGUAUUGACCGAGGUUCCUCGAAUGCGGAGUAUGCCAAAGUUCGCGCGUGUGACGGGAGACUGGCCCAAGUAUGGGAAUUCUCGAGGACAGAAGACAUGGACUGAUGCUCAGCCGGUCUGUGCAGAUUCCCAGCACUGUGACGAGACAAGAAAGUAGUCCGGUAUGGAAUUAUACUCUGGUAGGGAUGAGGUUGCUUGGCGAUCUUCCACUUUCAGCGGAUGGAUUUUGGCUGAAGCCGUACCGCCGGGAAUCAUCUCCGUAGGAGGGAGAUAAGAAAUAUCUUCCUCCCAUAAGAAGCGAGUAGUUCCUGGAUCACUUCAGUGGAUCACUAUCACCAUAGGACUAUCCAUCAGGACUCACAGACACUCGCUUUGUUUGGCUAAAGUUGAACGAACUCCCCUUAGAGCAAGUUUGCUCCAUUCAGUAAAUAACGCAAUUUUGUUCGUAACUGCAAUGUUUCUCCCUUCGUCUGCCCGUCACACUGUCAAAGUGUCAUCGCUGUCCAGCUGUCUGUAAUCAGUGAACUCAGUGGAACUUGCACAUUUUACGAAACUGAAAUUAUAGGAUUUUCUAAUUUAUUGUUUCGAAAUUAGGUGAUACACAAUUAAAGAUAUCGUCAGAGA